AAGCACACACUAAAUCCACACAUGCAAGCACACGCCAAACCAUGUCAAAGAAAAAUGCACAGCACUGCUAUGAAGAAUCUACACUCUUAUUUGCUGCCAAUAUUGGCUCUGGCGAGUUUGGUCGUCAAGAUAAGGGGAUCAGCCUCUCUUCAUCCAGUGCUGACUGGUCCUGAAUUGGCGUAUCAUGGCUCGAAGGUGACUUUCCAGUGUAUAGCAUCGGAUUCCCUUCCCCCAGUCACCUACGAGCUGUUGAGCGACGGUGGUGUCCUGAUCUCCACAGGCAUAGAUGAUCAAGGUGACACUACUGCAUCAUUUUCCCUAAAGGUCACUGCAGCGUCAGAGGGGUCAUAUCACUGUAGGGCGACAGCAGGCGGGAGGACAGGAGUCAGCAAAAGCAUCCAGCUUAGUGUAGUCACUCCAGCAUCAAAUACCAGAGUCAUUUCUAAACCCUUCCCCCCCGUCGCAUACGAGGGGUCAUAUGUUGUUCUGAGCUGCAACGUCACAAAGGGCUCCCACCUGCACUACACCUGGUUUUUCAACAGGACAGAGUUAACACAUUCAGACUCUCCCUUCACACACCUUGCUGGGAACGAGCUAGUGCUGGAGAAUGUGACCCUAGAGCAUGCUGGGAACUAUUACUGCAUGGCAUGGUCCCAAGUACAUGACAAGAAGAGGUUUUCCAGCAGUUCAGAGGUGCUGCUGACGGUCAAAGUCUACGUUUCAAAACCAAGGAUCUCUUUCUCCAUCUUCAAGGAGGGAGACAGUUACCGUGGCAACGUGACCUGCUGGUCAACAAGAGGGAGUCGUCCGGUGAACUUCACUCUUCUACUAGAUGACAGGGAGGAAGGGUCUGUGACAGCAACUGAGUCUCUUUUUGCCUGGUUCCCUGUCGCGCUGGUACCGGGGAUGGACAUGGGCGUGGCUCGUUGUCAGGUGAAAACUGAUGUGCAGGAGCUGAUGAGUGAGCCUGUGACUCUGGAAGUGGUCCCAGUCGGAGGUGAAGUCAGAGUGGAAGUUGAAUAUCUCUACAGAUUUGACUCUCAGCUGGCCACCGCAGCAACACUGAACUGUGAAAUCAGCAGAGGAACUUUUCCUCACAUCUCCUGGCUCUUCAACGACACUGUCCUUCUCUCACAUGAGGGCACUCAGACUCAACCUAUCUUGUCUCACUAUGUCCUAGCCAGCAAGAGUCAAACUCUUAUUCUGGCCAAGCUUGGCCCAGAGGAGUCUGGGUAUUAUCGCUGCAGGGUGAGGAACAGCUACGAUGACUCCGGGCCCUGGGUGGAGAGUGCCGCUGUCCUGGUUCGAGUCUCAGAGGUUUUCAUGACCCCCCUGGAGGUCAUUACCGUGGCGUUCUGCUGCUUUCUUCUACUGACGCUGAUCGUGGGAGCAGGCUUUACUUACAAAACCUUUAACAACGAGCAAGCUCAGGCCCGUAUUUCUUCAUCACAUGCUGGUCCUGAUGUGCCCACAAUGUCUGCACCCACAUCCCAGUCAGGAGUCAGACAGGAUGACAGCCAUGAUGUUCAGAAUCAGGUAUACUGUCCUGAAAACACAUACUCGUCACUGCAAGCCCACACACCGAAGUGUAACUAUCUUUACUUUAGGUACACAUGUUUUUCUUCAAGGAUGUUUGCUUCUGUCCUUCUGAUCACACUGGGGCUGUGCUACUGUAGCCAGGAGAACAUUCAGUCAUUUUUGGGGCGUCCACAACUGUUUAGCCCACCCGAGGCUCUGCUGAGAAGUGUGGUAGAUAUUGAAUGUAAACUUAACACCUAUCCCAAAAAUGAAUCCAUCCUGCUGCAGUUAUAUAAGGAGGGGAACCGUGAGAGGCUUUUGGCUGAAUACACCGCUCUGGCAGGGGAGACUGCGACCUUUCCCAUAUUCAUCAGACAGUACCAUGAGGGAAACCUGGAGUGUGUGGCCAAAGCCCAGAACAACUCCAAGAUUGAGCCCACGGUCAGCUACACACGCCACCUGAGAGUUGUUGUACCGGUGAAAGGCGCACAGGUUUUUGUCGAUUCUGGUCGCAUGGAGUUCUUUGAGGGGAAGAUUUUGGAGCUACAUUGUAAACUUAUUGCAGGAAAUCACGUUUCCUACACCUGGCUGCUGAACGGUCAGCCUGUCUCUCAGUCGCCCCAUCACAGAGCUGAAGGAGAAAAACUCCUGAUCACCAGAACAACCUCUCAAGACAGCGGGUCGUACAUGUGUGUGGCCACCAACACCUUCAAUGGCACAGAUGUCUUCACCUCCAACAGCUCUGAAGUCCUGAUUACAGUGAAAGAAAUGGUGUCCCACCCCGACAUCUCCUUCAGCGUGUUAAAGGAGGAUUCCCACAACUAUUCUGCUGUGGUAACCUGUCAGUCAACAAAAGGGACUCUGCCUGUCACCUUUUCACUUUAUAACAGGACUGAACUGGUUGCUAAUACAACCGUUGGCGAAAGAAAUGCAGAAUUUAAGGUCCCCUUGGUCUUGGGCCAACAUUUGGGAUGGCUUCAGUGCCAGGCUAACAAUGGAGACGAGAUUGCAUUCAGUAAACGGAUUCCUCUGGAAGUUGUCCCUGUUGGAGGGCCUGUGACGAUGCACUACGACACUGACAUUGGAGAAAACUACGCUGUGAUCGGCCUGAGGCUCUACUGCAAGGCUGCAAAGGGAACCCAUCCUCUGUACCAAUGGUUCCUCAAUAAAACCCUCCUACAUGACCGAGGAAGCUUUUACUAUGUGGUGCACCAGCCUCCAGAGCAGUCCGUUUUUCUGCUCUCUGUGGGGACGAGCAGCGCUGGGACGUACCACUGUGAGGUGUCUGACAGCUUUGAUAACGCCACCGCCAUUAGCAGCACGAGGAGGUAUCUGGUUAAAGAAGUUCUGAAUCGUCUCCCCUUCCUGGGUGUGGCCGUUGUCUUUGGAAGUUUUACAUUUCUGGUUCUCCUGGUCUCUGUUUGUUGUUGGGUUGGAGUAGUGUUCAGGCGAAGGCAGUUUGGUGAGAAGUCUAUGGCGAGCUUGGAGAUGGUGAGAAUGAAACCUGCAUAUGAAGGAGAGCUGGAUCUGUCAGAUUACGAUGAGGAUGUUGAUUUGAUGAGGACAGCCAGAGGAGAAGAAUUUGAUCAGGGUGCUGAAGUCUCAGUACAUGAAUGGCCCCAAAAUGUGAGAGUGAAGAAGACUUUGGAGGAUGAAGCAGUGGAGGAGUCCUGAGGGUUCAAACUUUAAAUAAACAUCUCGUGAUACUCUG